CGCUGAAAGCGAACAUCAAAGUUGCUGAACAACAAAAACGCUUAAAAGAUGCCCGAAAUACGCACUCUAUCGGCCAGUUUACAGCAAACAGCCAUUGAGGAAUUGAACGAGGUUCCCGAACGUCUUGAUGCGGAUAUUUUGGCUCUGCGAACUUGGCUUAAGCAACAGCCGCAUAUGCGAGCCCGCAGCGACGAUCAGUUUCUGGUUUCCUUUCUGCGCGGCUGCAAGUUUAGCCUGGAAAAGGCCAAAUCCAAAUUGGACAAAUACUACACGCUUCGCACUCAAUUCCCCGAUUUUUAUACUAUACGCGAUGUGGAUAAUAAACGUAUCCACGAGUUGCUGAGACUGGGGGUGGGACUCCGACUGCCGAUACCAUUGAAUGAGGAUGGACCCCGUCUCAUCUAUGUACGUCCGGGUUGUUAUGCGGCGGAUAAGUACACCUUUGAGGAGAUUAUGGGCGUGUCCAAUGCUCUGAAUGGUCUGAGCGUGCAGUAUGACGACCACGCUGUAAUUCAUGGAUACCUUGUCAUAUUGGACUUUACUGAUUAUACUGCCGCGCAUUUGCUUCAGAUGACGCCGAGCACUCUAAAGAAGAUGUCCAGAUUCGCGGAGGAUGCACUGCCCGUGAGGGACAAGGGAACUCACAUGAUCAAUGUUAACGCUACCUUCGAGAUGAGUUUUAAUUUAUUACGAUCGGCGAUGUCUGUCAAGCAGCAGGAACGUAUCUCGGUGCAUGGCAGCAAUUUGGAGACUUUGUAUGCCCACAUUCCUAAACGGUAUCUGCCCACCCAUCUGGGCGGAGAGCAGGGCACCAUUGAUGAGUUAAAACAACACUCAUGGAACAUCUUCAUGCAGUGCCAGGAAUACUUAAGGGAGGAGGCUAACUAUGGCAUAGAUGAGAACCUACGUCCCGGAGGAAAAUGCAACGAUUAUAACAGCAUUUUUGGUGUUGAAGGAUCGUUUCGCAAACUGAACUUUGAUUAAUAUAAUGGAGGAAUGUAAGGAC